AAAACACCUGUUCCCCAAGACGCGAGGAUAGAGGUUUGCGCAAGCGCAAUAGCUGCACACGUUAUUUUGGAUUUGGAAGUGCGAGCAUAAACUAUUCGAGAUAUCGUGCUUAGAAGGUUUACGGCGCCGUUUACGUUGUUUAUUUUGUCUGCAUUUUUCAUGAAGGUCUAUUUUUGCACUGUUUUUAAGUGUCGCUCAAGCAAAGCCACAAAUUAUAGACAGAAGAAAUUACAGACGUUUUAAGAAAGCUAACGGGCUAGCUUAAGCCACUGUAGCUACUUAAGUAGCAGCAUGGCAGCUGUUCUGGAACUGAUUGCUGGAAGUUACGAGCAAGUCACCUUUGGUUACCGAGUGAAACCUGAUGAGAAAGAGUGGAACGCCAAGGCAGACUUCACACAUCACGCCCACACAGCAUCCAUAUCAGCUGUGGCAGCCAGUCAGAGGUUUGUUGUCACAGGAAGCAAAGAUGAGACCAUACAGAUGUACGAUAUGAAAAAGAAAGUUGAGCACGGUGCUUUGCUGCACCAUGAUGGUACCAUCACCUGCCUGGAGUUUUAUGGGACAUCUCAUUUACUGAGUGGAGCAGAGGAUGGACUCAUAUGUGUGUGGAGCACAAAGAAGUGGGAGUGCCUGAAAUCCAUCAAAGCUCAUAAAGGCCAUGUCACAUCGCUGUCUGUCCAUCCCUCUGGGAAACUUGCACUUUCAGUGGGGACAGACAAGACUCUCAGAACGUGGAAUCUAAUCAAUGGAAGAUCAGCUUUUAUCAAAAACAUAAAACAGAAUGCACACAUUGUCAGAUGGUCUCCAGAUGGGGAUAAAUAUGUGGUGGUGCUAAAUGACAAGGUGAACAUUUAUGACCUGGAGACAGCUUCUGUCACGGGAACCGUCAUAAAUCCCAAAAGGAUCUCAUCUGUGAGGUUCUUAAAUAACUCCAUCCUCGCUGUUGCAGGAGACGAUGAAACUGUGAGAUUGUGUGACAUUGGAAAAGAGAAAUGGGUGUGUGAGUUCAAGGCUCAUGAAACCAGGGUGAAAGCAGUUGACAGUUUCGAUAUGGAGGAUUACUGCGUGAUGGUGACUGCUUCCAACGAUGGAUUCAUCAAAAUGUGGAAACUCCAGCUUAAAGAGGAGCUGGCAUCUCCCACCCUCCUAGGGGAAGUAAACACAGCAGCCAGAUUGACGUGCCUGGCUGUGUGGAAACCUUCAUCAGUUCAGCAGAUCAAUGAGGAGCCCGCAGCUGAAGCGACAACAGCGAAAGAACUUGCUCAAGAACUUUCAAAGAGGAAAAGAGUCCGAAUUGCAACAGAAGAAGUUGUACUGGAAGAUGAAAGCAAACCCCAAAAGAAGAAAAAAGGUGGUGGCAAAUAAAAAGAGCAGCAAUAAAAAAACAUUCAUUCAUGGACUAUUUUAAAUUGGGAGUUUUUGGUCAAAUAUGCCUUUAUUUGUUGUGAUUUCCACAAAUUGGUGAUGAAUACAAGUUAGCAUUCAUAUUUUGAUUUUAUGUUUCAAAAAUACUUUUGCUGUGAGCACCAAAAAGAGAAUUGUGAAAAAUGA